AUGAAGUGUCAGAGAGUCCUGAGCUACCUGAGAAUAUUUGGGACCACCAUGUUCGGCGUGUCCCUCCUGGUGGGAAUCUCCACAGCCUACAUCAUGGGCUAUCAGUUCUUCACCACAGCCCACAAUUAUCUGUCCUUCGGCUUGUAUGGUGCUAUUUUGGUCGUCCACCUCAUCAUCCAGAGCCUCUUCGCUCUCUUGGAGCACAGGAACAUGCGGCGCUCCUUGGAGACGCCGAUCAAACUGAGCAAGUCCUUGGCGUUGUGCAUUGCUGCUUAUCAGGAGGAUCCAAACUACCUUAGAAAGUGCCUGGUGUCUGUGAAGAGGCUGACGUACCCGGGGAUCAAAGUUAUCAUGGUGAUCGAUGGGAACUCCGACGACGACAUGUACAUGAUGGAGAUCUUUAAGGAAGUCAUGGGAUGGGACAAGUCAGUGUCGUACGUGUGGCGGAGCAAUUACCACGUCAAAGGUCCGGAGGAGACUGAUGAGAGCUACGCCGAGAGCCUCCAGCAAGUCUCCAGGACCGUGCUCAGCAAUAAAUGUGUGUGCAUCAUGCAGAAGUGGGGAGGCAAAAGAGAGGUCAUGUACACAGCCUUCAAAGCACUGGGAAGGAGCGUGGACUAUGUACAGGUGUGCGACUCGGACACCAUGCUGGACCCAGCAUCAUCAGUGGAGAUGGUGAAGGUUUUAGAGGAGGACCCAAUGGUCGGAGGUGUUGGAGGAGACGUGCAGAUCUUGAAUAAAUACGAAUCAUGGAUCUCCUUCCUGAGCAGCGUUCGCUACUGGAUGGCCUUCAACAUCGAGCGGGCUUGCCAGUCGUACUUCGGUUGUGUUCAGUGCAUCAGCGGACCUCUGGGGAUGUACAGGAAUUCUCUGCUGCACGAGUUUCUUGAAGAUUGGUACAAUCAGACCUUCAUGGGAUCCCACUGCAGCUUUGGGGAUGAUCGCCACCUUACGAACCGAGUACUCAGCCUAGGGUAUGCGACCAAAUAUACUGCACGGGCGAAGUGCCUUACGGAGACACCCAUUACGUAUUUGCGAUGGCUGAAUCAGCAGACUCGAUGGAGUAAGUCUUACUUUAGGGAAUGGCUUUACAACUCCAUGUGGUUCCAUAAGCAUCAUCUGUGGAUGACGUAUGAGGCGGUGAUCACAGGAUUCUUCCCGUUUUUCCUCAUCGCCACCGCAAUCCAGCUCUUCUUCCAAGGACGACUCUGGAAUAUUUUGUUGUUCCUGCUCAUCGUGCAGGCAGUGGCAUUGAUCAAGUCGUCGUUCGCGAGCUGCCUCAGAGGCAACAUUGUCAUGGUGUUCAUGUCUUUUUACUCAGUACUGUAUAUGUCAAGCCUGUUGCCGGCCAAAAUGUUUGCAAUCGCGACUAUUAACAAGUCAGGCUGGGGGACCUCUGGGAGGAAAACAAUAGUGGUGAACUUUAUUGGUCUGGUUCCAAUAACUGUCUGGUUCACCAUCCUUUUUAUUGGGCUUAUUUACACAAUAAUCCAACAGACUAAGAAACCCUUUCCUCAAUCCGAGGAGAUUGUGCUCAUCGUUGGGGCAGUAGUCUAUGCCAGCUACUGGGUGAUACUGCUCACACUAUACGCCGUUCUCAUAAACAAAUGUGGAAAGAGGAAGAAGGAAAGUCAUUAUGACAUGGUGCUGGACGUAUGACCCAGAGACAA